AUGUGUUGUAAGCCAAUAAAUUAUUCUUAUCAUACCUUUUUGCAGUCAGAGCUGAAGAUGAAUUUCAAAGAAAUUGUUGACAAACUUCGUGAAAAUUUUAAUGAUGGUUGUAUUGAAAGUUAUGAAAAAAGGAAAGAACAACUUCUUCAAUUAAGAAAAUUAUUAGUUGAUAAUGAAAAAGAAUUUAUUGAAGCUUUGUGGAAAGAUCUACAUAAAAGUGAACAAGAAACAUUAUUAUAUGAAACUCAAUUUAUUGUUGAAGAAAUUGAUCAAACUAUCUCUGAAUUAAAAAAAUGGAUGGCUUCAAAAAAAGUAAGUAAAAAUAUUUUACAAAUUAUUGAUGGUGCAUAUACUAAAAGUGAAGCAUUGGGAGUAGUUUUAAUUAUUGGUGCAUGGAACUUCCCUGUUCAAUUACUUCUUGGACCUAUGAUCGGAGCUAUUGCUGCUGGAAAUGCAGUUGUAUUGAAACCAUCUGAAUUAGCAGUACAUACUAGUAGUUUAAUAUCUAAACUUAUACCAUCAUAUCUUUCUCCUGAUAUUGUUUCUGUUGUAACUGGUGGACCAGAAGAAACGACAUCUCUUUUAAAUAAUCGUUUCGAUCACAUUUUUUUUACAGGUAGUUAUUCUGUUGGAAAAAUUAUUUACAAAGCAGCUGCUGAACAUUUAACACCUAUUACCUUAGAGUUAGGAGGAAAAUGCCCAGUAAUUAUUGAUGAUGGUGUAGAUAUAAAUAUAGUGGCUAGAAGAUUAGCGUGGGGGAAGCUUACAAAUUGUGGACAAAUAUGUGUUGCAGCGGAUUAUGUAUUAAUGGUAAAUAAAAAUAAAGAACAAUUUAUCAAAGUUUUUAAAGAUAGCAUUAAAGAAUUUUAUGGUGAAAAUAUUCAAGAAAGUCCUGAUUAUUGUAGAAUAAUAAAUGAACGACAUUUUGAUAGAAUAAUUAAAUUAUUAAAUGAUACCAAAGGAAAUGUUAUUAUUGGAGGAGAUUCUGACAAAAACAAUUUAUAUAUUUCCCCAACAGUUGUUGAUAAUGUUAAAGAAGAUGACUCAUUAAUGAGUGAAGAACUUUUUGCUCCUAUUUUACCAAUUAUGGAUGUUGAAUCAAUUGAUAAGGCUAUUGAAUUUAUUAAAAAGAAAUCAAAACCUUUAUCUUUAUAUCUUUUCUCUAAUAAUCAAGUUAAUAUUAACAAAGUUCUCAAUAAAACCUCAUCUGGAAAUGUAUUGAUAAAUGAUUUGCUAUUAAAUAUGUGUUGUGAACAUUUACCAUUUGGUGGUGUUGGAAAUUCUGGAUUUGGAAGAUAUCAUGGAAAAUAUACUUUUGAUACAUUUUCUCAUGAAAAAGCUGUCCUCCAUCGUACAACAUGGUUUGAAAAUGUUCUUUUUAUGAGAUAUCCACCAUAUGGAGAUUACAAAAUUAAUUGGGCCAAAAGAAUAUCUAAAAAAAUAAAAGUUCCUUUCUAA